AUGACUGAAGUCAUGACAAAAGAGCAACAACUAGUUCACGACAAUGAACAGCAGCAUAUCUUAGUUGAUACGAUCGCCGCUCAUUCACCAAGUAGUAAUAAUGAUAAUAAUGUUUCGUUGGAGGAAACCCUAAAGACAACUCCACUUAAAAACAUGGUGGUUCUUUCAAAAGAAUUUCCAAAAGAAGGAGACGAUACCAACCACGGAAAAGGCGAGGAACCAAAAACUAAUGGAUACGAUGUUAAGAGAGAAAAUGGACGAGAUAUUAAUAUCGGCUCCGGUAUUGAAAUUAAUAAUGACCUUAAACUUGAUACUACUGCUGCUGCUAUUAAUCCAUCAAUCGAGACAGUAGUUACAGUAUUGAAGGAAGAGAUUGUAGUUGAUAAAGACAAUGGACGUGAACAUCAUACCUCCACCGAGAUUGUCUCUCUCAAAGAGAAGGUCGAGGUUCAAGAAGACGCAAUUGUCGAAUCUACCAACAUGAAAAAAUUAGCAGAAAUUGAUGAAGAAGUUGACGGAAAGCUCACGUCAAAUAUCACGGUUAUCUCAACUCCCGAGACGGAAACCAUCGUCGAAAAAGUCGAAAAAACCACAGUUAACAAAAACGUCACAAACACACUUGCUUACGAGAAGAAAGUCGUCGAGGGAACCCCCGGACACGAGACAAUUGUUGAAUCAAAGUCCACUAAUGAGAAAAUUAUCGAUACUGACAAAUAUCAUAGUGUGGUUGAGAAAGUGACGAUAAAGGAUUCGAUUGAAGAUGAUGUCGAAGUAGAAACGGUCAAAGUUGAAAAAACUAAAAUUGAUCAUAAUCCAGUGACAGAUGAGACGACUGUCGAAAAAGAGUGUAAUGAACAGAGCAUGGUUAAAACAUUUGAUCAUGUAGUCACUCUUAAUCAAAAGGAAGUGAUUAAUGAGGUCAUCACCAAAAAGGAAGUGAUUGAUGUUGAUCAGGAUGAGAAUACAGAAUCAAAAUUAUGUGAUUUCGAAAUGAUUGCAGAAUCCAUGAAGAAGGAAGAUGAACAAGUCGUCCCUGAAACUCCUUCACAUGUUCAGCACAGCUCACACAUAAUGUCUCCUGAAAGGCUGCCUCAAGCUAGUCCAUUAGUACCUCGAAAUCUCAAUAUUGUAUUUCCACUUAAUGAUGAAAAUGACGACGACGACGACUACAUAUUGGAUCAGAGUGACGAGGAAAAUAACCCGGAAAUUUCACAAGAGUUCGAAAAAAUUCGAAAAGAGAUAAACAAACAAACAGAAUCUCUGCGCAAAGAAGUCAAUCGUAUUCGGCACAGAGUCAACGAGACUAACGUGAAUUCACGUGAUCAAGAAGGGGAAUCGUCAACUCCUGUAUUCCGAGUCCAGACUUUACUCGAUUCUAUAUCACAUUCUCCUUCCUCCAUCAUGACUGACGUAGUCGAGUCAAUGUUCAAUCCAGGAUUCAAUAGCAACGUUAUUCUUUUCUUGAACAUAAUUUUCUUGUUGCUCUUUGCAAGCUUGAUGUUCCUGAUAAUCGUAACAGAUUAUAAUAUGCAUGUUAUCGCGUUUCUGGGUCUCUCGUUUUGCUUAUUCAUAGCUAUUAAUUGGUUCGUUGCUUCGGUUGCUCAAGCUCAGCUUGAAGAAGCAAAGAUUGUAGUCGCUCCUGCUGGAUCGACCGAAAAACAGGAAUAA